GAUUUACACGUGACACCAGCGUGUGAACUUCUGAAUUGGACAUGGCUCCAAAACUCUGUGCUCUGUGCUCUGAAACACGCGCGAUCAUCAGACGACCAAAGACUGGGCAGCAAGUAUGCAAGGAGUGUUUUUUCUGGGUGUUUGAGACAGAAAUCCACAAUACUAUCAUUGCUGCAGAGCUAUUCCAUCCUGGAGAUCGCGUCGCAAUUGGAGCAUCAGGAGGAAAAGACUCCACUGUACUAGCAUAUGUAAUGAAAACACUUAAUGACCGGUAUAAUUAUGGGUUGGAGUUAGUCUUGCUCUCCAUCGAUGAAGGAAUCACUGGGUAUCGGGAUGACUCUCUCGAAACUGUGAAAAGGAACCAAGUACAAUAUGGUUUGCCACUGAAGAUUCUGAGCUACGAUGAACUGUACGGAUGGACGAUGGACCGCAUCGUCCAGCAAAUUGGUCGCAAAAACAACUGCACAUUCUGCGGUGUUUUCCGUCGACAAGCUUUAGAUAGAGGUGCCGCGGCCUUAGGAGUGGAUCAUAUCGUUACUGGUCAUAAUGCAGAUGACAUCGCAGAGACCAUUUUGAUGAACAUCAUGAGGGGAGACAUUGCUCGCCUUGGCCGGUGUACCCAGAUAUCCACAGCGGGUGAAGACACUAUUAGGCGGUCCAAGCCUUUUAAAUACGCUUACGAGAAGGAAAUUGUGAUGUAUGCGUACUUCAAGAAGUUAGAUUACUUCUCCACCGAGUGCAUAUAUUCGCCUGAUGCAUACCGUGGUCACGCCCGAGCUUACUUGAAGGAUCUCGAGGCGAUAAGACCGAGCGUCAUUAUUGACAUAAUAUACUCCGGUGAGGCUUUGCAAGUCCAGGAGGACGUCAAGAUAAAACCGCAACGCACUUGUUUGCGAUGCGGUUAUAUUUCCAGCAACGAGAUAUGUAAGGCUUGUACUCUUUUGGAGGGAUUAGAGCGGGGCACCGCUGGCGCAGGAGUUAAGGACUGCAGCCCGGGAAGCACAGAGUCUUCAGAUGGUUUACGAACUAUUCCGAAGUUCCAGAUGCCCCGGAAACGCUCCGGACAUAAAAGUAUUCCAUUAGGUGAAGCAACAACGGCCAAUGACAACAUAGAUGUUAAGAAAAUGUCAAUGGACUGGUGAUCAGACAAUCACGACGCUCCCGUCCAAUCCACUUUCAGGGUUGUCUGCGCCCUCUCUCCUCCCAUCCCGGGCUUCGAAUGUCUCGCAAAGCCCAUCAAUCCUUUCGAGCAAUCUUCCUGCGACAACUGACAUUUCUGUAUGUCCGUCAGUGCGGGACACGUUGACAAAUUCAUUCCCGAGUCGAUCCGUCUGCGCGUCGAGGCGUGGAGCAGAGGAAGAAGGAGGGAGAUGGUCAAUAGGGGCUAGCGAAGCAUGAGUUGCGGAGAUUGCUCCUUUCCGUGCCUGUCCCGGAUGAUUUGGAGAGCCCAUCCAUCGA